UUAUGUCGCCCGCAUGCUGAGCUUGUCGCGUUUGUGCCUUGGAUAUUGUGCUAAAACUUUAUUCGUGCGCUUAAGGAUUGCGAUCAAAACAGGAUUACUUUGUGAUAUAACGAAUUGUGAAUAAUAUUAACAGUGAACGUUAUUUUAGUCGUUAGAGUAGUGCAUUCACUGUGUGUCACGUGUGUUUACUAAUGAAUGUGACGGCGUAGGCGCAACGGCAAGUCGCACUCUCCGUGAGAUAUUCCUGCCCGGGCAGGUCGUCGCGGCCAUGUUGCAUACCUGAGACGAGUGCUGGCGCAACUUUGUGCUAACGAUAUAAUAGUUUAUUGUGAUUCAAAAGACUUUAACUGGAGAGGAACAGACCCGGCAAUGUUUUUAUCGGAAUCAUGACCGUAAUGGGGCGGUGGCACGUGGUGCUGUUAGCGCUGGCGCUGAUUACCAGCGCGGGCGCUGGCGCCGCCGCCGAGCAAAUGCAAUCUCGUGCAGUUGAUACUGGUGUAGAUCUGCGUGUGCCUGAAGCUCAGCCCAUAGGAACAGUUGUAGGUAGAAUACCUAUAAAACCUGGUUUUACAUAUCGCUUUAAUGAAUCUCCGAAAGAAUUUGCUCUUGAUCCACUGUCAGGUGAAAUUAAAACUAAUAUUAUUCUAGAUAGAGAAAGUGUAGAUCGCUACGCAUUUGUUGUCUUAUCUAGUCAGCCUACCUAUCCUAUUGAAGUGCGGAUAAGAGUGACGGAUGUAAAUGAUAAUUUACCAGAAUUCCCUGAACCCAGUAUAGCAGUCGCUUUUUCUGAAAGCGCUUCUCCAGGAACUAAACUUCUUUUGGAUGCAGCUACUGAUAAAGAUUUAGGUGAAAAUGGAAUCGCUAAUGAUUAUAGAAUCAUUGAUGGAGAUAAUGAAGGAAAGUUUCGUCUAAACGUAACUGUAAAUCCUAGUGGUCAGACUUCUUAUCUUCACUUAGAAACUACAGGGAAACUUGAUAGAGAAACAAAUGAUUUUUAUGUACUGAAUAUUUCUGCUCGUGAUGGUGGAUCUCCUCCAAAAUAUGGUUAUUUACAAGUGAAUGUGUCAAUUUUAGAUGUAAAUGAUAACCCGCCUAUUUUUGAUCAAAGUGAUUUUUCUGUCUCAUUGAAUGAAAGUGUACCACCUGGCACUACAGUACUUAAAGUAACCGCGACUGACAGUGAUCUUGGAGACAAUAGCAAAAUUACUUAUGAAGUAACAGACACAGAAAAACAAUUUGCGGUUGAUCCUGAAUCAGGAGUAAUUACAACAACAAAAAAACUUAGUUGCCCUCAGUAUUGCAAUAAUACAACCUGUAAUAUGACUUGUGUACUGACUGUAAUUGCAAAGGAUCACGGUGUACCUCGUCAAGACGCCCGGUCGUAUGUGACUGUUAAUCUUAUAGAUGCAAAUGAUCAUGAUCCAGUGAUAACAUUUACCUACGUACCUUCAACUGCUAAUUUCGCUACAGUCGAUGAGAAUGCAAAAAAUGGAUCACUGGUUGCAGCUAUUACAGUAACAGAUGCGGAUGCAGGUUUAAAUGGCAUCACAAGCAUAAGUAUUAUAUCAGGGAAUGAACUUAAUCACUUUCGUUUAGAAAAUUCCAGCAGUGUCUAUAUUGUACAUGUUAAUGGUAUUUUGGAUAGAGAAGAGAUAAGUAAAUAUAAUUUGACAGUAGUAGCGACUGAUAAAGGAAUUCCUCCUCGAACGGCUACUGCGUUUUUGGUUAUACAUGUAAAUGACGUGAAUGAUCAUGAACCUGUUUUUGAAAAAUCUGAAUAUACGACUGUUUUAAGUGAACUUGCACCUCCUGGAACAUAUGUUGCCGGUAUAACGGCAACCGAUGAAGAUACUGGUGUAAAUGCUGAAAUUUAUUACGAUUUUUAUGACGGAAAUCAACAACAGUGGUUCUUUAUAGAUCAUCUUACUGGGUUAGUGACCACUAAGUCUUUGUUGGAUCGUGAGAUUCAAGGAUCGGUUGAAUUAAAUGUAUCCGCACGAGAUGGGGGUCCAAAUCCCAAAUGGGCUUAUACAAGACUGAAAGUAACUAUUCUUGAUGAAAAUGAUGAAGCUCCUACAUUUCCUCAAACUCAAAUAAACGCGUCGUUAGCUGAAAAUAUUAUACCAGUCAAAGAAAUAUUGAUCCUUACAGCUUCUGACUAUGACCAAGGGACCAAUGGAUCUGUGUCCUAUUAUUUACCUCCAAGUAUUGAAAGAAAAUAUCCUAAGACAUUUCUACUUGAUCACAUAACUGGUCAGUUAAGUGCUAUUGUUGAACUGGAUAGAGAAAAAAUAUCAACCUACGAAAUUCAAGUUAUUGCGAAAGAUCAAGGCUUUCCGCCACAAUCUUCAACAGCUACAGUGUCGUUACAAGUUCUUGAUGUUAACGAUAAUGAUCCUUAUUUUUAUCCGCUAAGAUACGUUACAGAUAUAUCGGGAGAUUUACCACUAGGAUCAAUUGUUGUUCAAGUGAAAGCCUUUGAUGAAGAUGACGGGGAAAACGCAAAAAUAAUUUAUUCAAUAGAAAGUGGAGGUGAUGGUUAUUUUGAUAUUGAACCCUCGUCUGGUAAUAUAAUUCUACAGAAAGAUUUUAGUAAAGCCUCGAAGUCAAUUUAUUUAUUAAAAGUUUCUUGUAAAGAUAAAGGUAAUAGAAGGUCUGCCGAAGAUGCUAUUGUAGAAAUUAUAAGAAAGUCGCAGCGAAAAAAUUUGGACUUUGAUAAAUAUGGGGGCUAUAAUUUUAAAAUUGUGGAAAAUGAAGGAACUUCAAAGCAUAAGAUUAAUCGUUUUGUUGGGCGAGUCAGUGUAAGAAAAACGACUGAUGAAAUUUUUUACUAUAUUAUCGAAGGUGACCAAAAACGGGUAUUUAAGAUAAAUGAAAACACUGGGACUAUAAGUGCAGAGUCUACAGUUGAUCGAGAAGAAAAGGUAACAUAUCACCUUAAGGUUAUGGCUAAAAGUGGUCUUGCAUAUGGAUUUACAACUGUUAAUAUAUCUGUUUUAGAUAUAAACGACAAUUAUCCUACUUUUAUUGAAGGUAAAGAUGAAAUACACAUUGCUGAAAAUAUGGCUGUGGGACAAGAGGUUUAUUUUGCUCGAGCUAUUGACCGGGAUUCUGGAUCAAAUAGAACUAUAUCUUACGCUUUGAGCUACAAUUCAGAUAAUAGUUUUCGAAUAUCUGAAACUACAGGAGUAAUUUAUUUGAAUAAAGCUAUUACUAAUGAACCUGGAUCUACCUUGUCUAUAGAAGUGACUGCCACAGAUCAUGGAAAACCUGCACUUGCUACUAAAUAUAACGUUAUAGCAAUAAUUGAUGAUGUAAAUGAUCACACUCCAGUGUUUGACCAUACAUCUUACGAAACAUCUUUAUUGGAAUCUACACUCGUUAACACAAGAUUUUUUGCUAUUUCAGCAUCCGAUGCAGACUUAGGUCCAAAUGGUCAAAUAUCUUAUAUUAUCACAGAAGGCAAUACAGAUGGAAAAUUUGGAAUAUUUCCAGAUGGUUAUCUUUACGUAAAAAGUCUUCUGGACAGAGAAGAGAAAGAUUACUACUCACUUACUAUCAUUGCUCGUGAUAAUGGUGCUCCACCCCGAUCAUCACAAGUACCAGUAGUGGUUCAUGUUUUGGAUGAGAAUGAUAAUAGUCCACAAUUUACAAAUACAACAUUUGUAUUUAAGAUUAAAGAAAAUGAGCCACCUGAUACUUUUGUUGGAAAGUUAACAGCUAUUGACAAAGAUAUAGGACGUAAUGCUGAGCUAACAUUUAGCUUACCUAUUGCUCAAAAUGACUUUAGAAUAGAUUCUAGAAACGGAUUCAUAAAAACACUUAGAUCUUUUGAUCGAGAAAGCAUAUCACAAGUUACAGGUCAGAACUAUAUAACAUUAACGGUGACUGUAAGUGACAAUGGAAAAAUUAAACUUUCUGAUUCAGUACGAGUGACAAUUUAUAUAACUGACGUGAAUGAUAACUCACCUACUUUUACGCACACUCCAUAUGCUGUAGAAAUUUCAGAAGGAGCGAGCGUUGGGGCAUCAGUUACAAGAAUAUUUUCAACUGAUGCCGAUGAAGGACUAAACGGUGAUAUUUACUAUAAACUUAUUGGUGGUGAUGAUAUGAAAAAGUUUAUGCUUGAUGAAGCUACAGGGCAGUUAUUUAUUAACAAGCCGCUCGACCGUGAAACUGUGGAUCAUUACAAGCUUUUAGUAAUGGCUCACGAUUCUGGCCAAACUGUUCGUCUUUCUGCCACUACCACAAUUACCGUCAAUGUUUUAGAUGAAAAUGACAAUGUACCAGUAUUUAGUCAAACAGAUUUAAAAGUGUCCGUGUUAGAAACAGAACCAAUAAAUAAGAAAAUUAUACAAUUUCAUGCUAACGAUGCAGAUUUAGGAAUUAACAACGAAUUGCAAUAUUCUAUAUCAUCUGGAAAUAGAAAGGAAACAUUCUUUAUAGACAGUUAUUCUGGAGAAUUGUUUUUACACAAACAUUUAGAUUAUGAAGAUUUGACAAUGUACAUUUUAAAUAUCACAGUAAUGGAUAAUGGAAGCCCAAGUUUAUCAUCAAGUAUAUCAUUUACUGUUAAUGUAAUUGAUGCCAAUGAUAAUGCACCAGUUUUUACCAAUACUGCAAUUGUUCGACAGAUAAGAGAAGGUAUCCCUAAACAUACUCCUAUAGUAACAGUUACAGCUGAAGAUCCUGACUCUGGACUAAAUGGAAAAGUAUGGUAUUCUAUUAUUCAUCAGGAACCCAAUAAUGGGAAUCGGCAUUUUGCUAUUAACAAUGUUACUGGAGUUAUACACACGUUAUUGCCUAUAGAUAGAGAAAGUGUUGAUACAUUUAGAAUAACAGUUGCAGCAUACGAUAGGGCGGAGCCGCCAUCUGCAAGACUUUCCGCCGAAAAAUUAGUUACCGUUAUAGUCGAGGAUAUAAAUGACAAUGCGCCUGUAUUUGUUUCUAUGAAUGCUGCUUUUGUAAAUUCAGAAAGAUUAGGGAGAAGUGCUGGGCGAGGUAUAUUUAUUAUGAAUGUCCUUGCUAGGGAUCUAGAUUCUGGUACAAAUGGCCUAGUUACUUAUAAACUUAUACAUGGUGGAAACGAUAUGUUCGACUUGCAUAGAAGUAAUGGUGCUUUGAGUCUUCGUUAUCCACCUGCAUCACCGGAAGCCCGAUGGAAUCUUGUUAUAAAAGCUACAGAUGAGGCAGUUUUGAGUGAGCAAAGAAGCACGGAGACCUAUCUAACGCUCAUAAUGGGUGGAACUGAGCUGCAAGGUAUUACGUGGACAAACGCGGUUUCCGUUUCUGUUGCGGAAAAUGAACCGGGUGGAACUGCUGUUCUUAAUAUGACAAACAAUUAUAAAUCGGGACUAGAAUAUUACAUAGUGAAUGUGACGGGUGACGGCAGACAGGUAGACAGAUUAUUUGACAUAGACUCUUCUUUAGGCAUAUUAUCCACAGCGGUACCACUUGACCGUGAAGCAGGGAUAGAAAAAUAUGAAGUUGAGGUGUGCGCUGUGUCGUCUGGCUCACCAUUAAAGUCUACAACUACCAAGGUGGAGGUUGUCAUCUUAGAUAGAAAUGACAGUCCCCCGGAGUUCAAAAACAUACCAGCAGCGUACACGGCGUCCGAAGAUCUCACACCUGGCCAGAUUAUUGCGCGGAUCUCGGCAGAGGACCCGGACACAAUCGGAACAAUUACAUACAGCAUACAGUCAGAUGAUACGACGCCAUUUUUGUUGGAUAGCCUGACUGGAGACCUAAGCCUCAAGGAGCCCUUGGAUAGAGAAACGACAUCGGAAUAUGAAGUAGUCGUUCGGGCUGAUGAUGGAAUGCAGUUUACAGAUGUGACAGUCGUUAUACAGGUGACGGAUACAAACGAUAAUCCACCUGUGUUCAAAGAGAGCGCGUACUCCUUCGAUAUAGCAGAGAACGCAGCGCGAGGCUCCGUAGUUGGCACUGUGGCGGCCAUUGACCCCGAUGCCGGCCCUAACGCCCAGUUGACAUACACUGUGAUCUCUGACUGGGCUAAUGAUAUCUUCUCGCUCAACCCGCAGACCGGCGUCUUUACAUUGACAGCUAGGCUUGAUUAUGAAGAGACACCACACUAUAUAUUAGUGACGCAGGCGCAAGACAACGGACAGCCAUCACUUUCAGGAACGGUUACGAUAUAUAUAAAUGUCAUUGACCUUAAUGACAAUGCCCCUAUAUUCGACCCUAUGAGCUUUUCGAAUGAAAUCCUGGAAAAUGUUCCGGUUGGAACCUCUGUGGUAACUGUUAGCGCGACUGAUUUAGAUUCAGGUUGGAAUGGAAAAUUGGCAUACAGUAUCACUUCAGGAGACGAAAACAGCGAUUUUACUAUUACUUCUAAUGGCACAAUCCAUACUGCAAACCUUUUAGAUCGAGAAAAGAUAUCUAUGUACAACCUUAUUGUAAUUGCUAAGGAUUUGGCAAAACCACCAGAACCCCAGCUCUCAUCAACUGUUCAGGUUACGAUUCAAUUAAAGGAUGUAAACGAUAUGGCACCAGAGUUUUUAAGUUCUAAUUCUACAGCUGUUUCCGAGAACAUACCUUUAAACACUGUCAUUAUGACAAUAAAAGCAAUUGACAAAGAUGAAGGAAGAAAUGGAUAUGUUGAGUACUUUAUGGAUUCCGAUCCUGAAGUUAAUGGCUACUUCUCCUUAGGGAAUGUGGAUGGUAUCUUACGAGCUAUAGGGAAACUUGAUCGGGAACUGAAGUCAUCUUAUACAAUUACCGUGAAAGCAAAAGAUAGGGGAGAUCCUCCACAAAUUACAUCAACUAAAAUUGAUAUCAAAAUUCUUGACGAGAAUGAUAACAGCCCGGUAUUUGAUCCAAAACAGUACAGUGCUUCAGUGCCAGAGAAUGCUAGUAUAGGUGCUAGUGUUUUACAAGUGUCUGCAACAGAUAUAGAUGAAGACGCAAAUGGUAGAGUUAGAUAUUCAAUAGAUUAUGGAGAUGAUAAUAGGGAUUUUAGUAUCAGCGAAGAUACAGGCAUUGUACGAGUUGCAAAGAAUUUGAACUUUGAAAGAAAAUCUCGUUAUAUUCUUACAAUAAGAGCAGAAGAUUGUGCUAAAGAUGACGUUAGAUUCGAUACAGCAGAACUAUCAAUAUCAUUGCAGGAUAUAAACGAUAACCCGCCAACAUUUUUAGAUUCUCCUUAUUUAGCUAAUGUUAUGGAAAAUGUUAUCCCACCCAAUGGUGGAUUUAUAUUAACAGUCCAUGCUUAUGAUGCUGAUUCGCCGCCUUUUAAUAACCAAGUGCGUUACUUUAUAAAAGAAGGUGACGCAGACCUAUUUAAAAUAAAUGCAUCUUCCGGUCAAAUAUCUUUACUGAGAACUUUGGAUAGGGAGGCUCAAGAUGAAUAUACAUUAUCUUUGGUUGCCAUGGAUACAGGUUCACCUCCUUUGACGGGUUCGGGUACGGUGAAAGUUAUUGUACAAGAUGUGAACGAUAAUAGUCCUGAUUUCGAAAGACAAGAUUAUAAAGCUCAUAUCAAAGAGAAUUCACCACCAGGAACAUUUAUAUUAGGUCCAAAGGCAAUUGAUAUUGAUAUUGAAAAUAAUGCUAAAAUUCGUUAUAGCCUUCUUGGGGAUAAAUCCGAACGAUUUUCCAUCAAUUCCAUGACAGGAACAAUUAUGACAAAUGAAACUUUGGAUAGAGAAGAGUGGGAGGUGUAUUAUUUAAUAGUAAUGGCUCAGGAUUCAUCUACAACGGACCCAAGGACAGCAACUGCCAACGUUACAAUAAUUGUAGAUGAUGAAAAUGAUAAUACGCCGACGUUUACCCGAAAGACAUAUGAAGUUUUUAUUUGCGAAAAAACAAAACCUAACGACUUUGUUUUUGGCGUUAAGGCUAAAGAUAAUGAUAUCGGACUAAAUAAAAAAAUUGUAUAUGAUUUAAAGGGUGAACACAAGAAUUUAUUUAAUAUCAACCAGCAAACUGGCGUUAUUAAAGCCAAAGAAGAUCUUAGUAAAUAUAACGACAGAUCUAGAGCAUUAGCUGCUUUUAAUCUUGUAAUAGUUGCUACAGACAGUGGAACUGUACCGCAACAGAGUACGGCAGAUUUGAUCUUAAUUCCAAAAUCAGGUAAAAACUUUCCACAAUUUACUAUUACGAAUAAAAUGACAUUCACCUUUCCUGAAGAUACACCAGAAGGCGUUUUAGUAACACGUCUAUCAGCAACUUCCCCCAAAAAAGGAGCCCUUGGGUUGUUACAAUAUUCUGUAGCAGGGGGUAAUGUAGGGGAUGCACUGAGAGUUGAGCCGAUAAGUGGUGAAGUGUUUAUCACUGGAAAAGGGUUUGAUUAUGAAACUAUGCCCCUUUAUGACGUAUGGUUUGAAGUUAAAGAUUCAGAUAAUCCACCAUUAAAAUCAUUUAUAGAAAUUGAAGUGAAAAUUACUGAUGCCAAUGACAAUGCCCCAGUAAUAGAACAAAUUUUAUACAAUGCAACCGUUCCAGAAGAGGAAUCGCCCCCACAAACUGUAGUGAAAAUAAAUGCUCACGAUGAUGAUUCGGACGAAAAUGGUAGAAUAAGCUUUAGGCUUUUAAACGACUAUGAAGAAACAUUUGUUAUUGACUCAUACAAUGGAGAAAUAUAUACAAAUAUAGCAUUAGAUCGAGAAUCAAUACCAUUUUAUGAAAUCAUAGUUGAAGCUGUUGAUCAUGGCACACCUCAACUGACGGGUACUUCAACAGUUCUUAUAACUGUGUCGGACAAAAAUGAUAAUCCCCCCAGAUUUACUAGACUUUUUAGCGUAAAUGUAACGGAAAAUGCUGAAAUUGGUUCAUUUGUCAUAAGAGUUACGAGUUCGGAUCAAGAUAUUGGCCCAAAUGCUAACGCUACCUACAGUUUUGUUGAAAAUCCGGGUGAAAAGUUUGUCAUCGAUUCUUUUACUGGCAAUGUGACAGUAGCUCGUCAUCUAGAUAGAGAAAUGCAGGAUGAAUAUAUUUUAAAGGUUGCUGCAAUUGAUGGAGCGUGGAGAUCAGAAACUCCAUUAACUAUAACUAUACAAGAUCAAAAUGAUAAUGCCCCGGAAUUUGAAUAUUCCUAUUAUAGUUUUAAUUUCCCAGAGUUACAAAAGAAAAAUAGCUUCGUUGGACAGGUUAUUGCUUCGGAUAAAGAUAAGCAAGGGCCAAACUCUAUCAUUUCCUAUUCUUUACAACAAACUUCGGAUUUAUUUUCGAUUGACCCUGCAACAGGAGAAAUACUAAGUAAAUUUACAAUGAACUAUAAACGCACAAUGGUAUACCCAUCCCCAGAAAAUUCUUACUCCGUAACCGUUGUUGCAACUGAUAAUGGAAAGCCACCUAUGUCAUCGGAAUGUUUAGUUACGAUUAAUAUUGUUGAUGCCAAUAAUAAUAAACCAAAGUUUGAACCCCAUGAAAAACUUGUUCCUGUUCCAUACGAUGCCUUGAUUGGUGAAAAAAUAAUUAACCUAGAAGCAAAAGAUACAUUAGACUACGGUAUCAAUGCUGAAAUAGAAUAUUACGUGUCCAGUGGUAAUGGAACUGCUUACUUUACUGUGGAUAAGAUAUCAGGGUGGGUCAUUGUUAACAAACAAUUUCACAAUGUUGGACAAUUUUAUAAUAUAAAAGUAAAAGCUAUUGAUCGUGGAGUUCCACCCCAGCAAGAUGAAACUAGCCUUAUAUUUGUUGUAACAGGAGAAAAUAUUCAUAGUCCUAAAUUUACAGCUCUUAGCUAUCAAGUAAUUGUUCCAGAGAAUGAACCAAUUGGAUCAUCCAUAUUAACACUUAAAGGAAAUGAUGAGGAUGAUGGUCCCAAUGGUAUUAUAAGAUAUGAGAUUUCUUCAGGAAACGAAGAUAACGUCUUUAAAAUUCACCCAGUGUCUGGUGUAAUAAGUAUUCUUCGUUCACUUGAUUAUGAUGAAGUGCAAGAAUAUAGACUAAAUAUUACUGCAAGAGACUUAGGCUUUAAGCCAAAAGAAGCAACGGCUACGGUAACAAUUAUUCUAACCGAUAUAAAUGAUAAUGCACCGGUAUUUAAUCAGACGCAUUAUCAGGCAUAUUUGCCCGAAAAUUCACCAAUUGAUACAUUUAUUUUUGAGGUCCGGGCCAAUGAUAUAGAUUCUCCAAAGAACGCAAUUAUUAAGUACAAAAUAAAAAAUAAAAUGACUGCUUUGUUUUACAUAAAUGAAAAUACUGGAAAGAUCUAUUCAAAAGAAAUAUUUGACUAUGAAGAAAAGAAUACAUACAAAUUACAGAUAUUAGCGGAAAACCCAAAUUCUUUGAUGCAAAGUACGACAGAAGUUUUAGUUCAAAUUACUGGUGUAAAUGAAUUCUAUCCAAAGUUUGUACAGCCCGUUUUUCACUUUGACGUUUCGGAAUCGGCAGAAGUUGGCACAAAUGUUGGAGUAAUACAAGCAAGUGACCAAGACAGUGGUGAAGAUGGUGUCAUAUAUUACUUGUUUGUCGGAUCUAGUAACGACAAAGGCUUUAACAUUAAUUCUCAAACCGGUGUUAUCAGAGUUGCUCGCUACUUAGAUCGUGAAACACAAAAUAGAGUUGUUCUAACUGUUUUGGCUAAAAACUAUGGUAGUAUACAUGGCAACGACACUGAUGAAGCUCAAGUUAUAAUAUCAAUACAAGAUGGAAAUGAUCCUCCAGUCUUUUUACGCCAUUAUUAUGAAACAUCAAUGUCUGAAGGAGCGCGUAUUGGUCAAAAUGUCAUUCAAGUACAAGCCGUAGAUAAGGAUGUCCGACCUCAAAACAAUCAAUUUAGUUACUCUAUUCUGUCCGGAAAUGAUAACCAUGAUUUUAAAAUUGACCCACAAAGUGGACUGAUUGAGGUUAGCAGAUACCUCGAUCGAGAAAAGGUUUCAACAUAUUCACUUAUAAUAGGCGCUAUCGACACUGGAGUUCCACCACAAACAGGAACUGCUACAGUGAAAAUAACACUUACUGAUAUAAAUGAUAACGGGCCUAUUUUUGAUACAGACAACUUUGAUGGUUCCGUAUAUGAAAAUGAACCACCUAAUACAAGUAUAACUACGCUCUCGGCUACUGAUCCAGAUUUACCACCAAAUGGUGCACCGUUCUCUUAUAAAAUAAUAGGAGGAAAACACCAGAGUUUUGUCAAAGUACACAAACAUACUGGAGUAUUACUUACAACUAAAAAAAUUGAUCGAGAACUUACUCCCUAUUUAGAAGUAGACAUACAAAUUGAGGACAGUGGAAACCCAGUAAUGACAUCAAAUUACACAAUUCAAGUAAAGGUUUUAGAUAGGAAUGAUAACCCGCCAACACCAAGAUCUGUUCAUGUUUUAGUUUAUGCCUUUAACAACAAAGUACCACUAGGUAAGAUAGCCGAUGUUAAGCCAAAUGACCUUGAUGUGGUAGGAGAUUAUAAAUGUAAAAUUAUAAAAGAGACUACUACUGAAAAUACACUUUCACUUUUAAGUAUACGAAGGGGAUGUGACCUUUAUACCAAUUCUAUAAAACCAGGACAAGGAUACUCUUUUUCAGUCUCUGGAAAUGAUGGUAUUCACAGAGAUGUGAUUUCAUCAGUUAGCCUUGAGUACUUUUUAUAUGAUAAUGAAACUGUAGAGCAAUCCGUUACACUCCGCAUACUCAACAUAACUGCCUCAAAUUUCUUGACACAUUAUUACCGUAUCUUGUUGGAAAUUUUAAAAGUUGGUCUUAAGAAUAAGGAAGUAAUUUCAAUAUACAGUAUCAAUGAAUCAAAAGAUAGUUUGGAUUUGACCAUAGCAAUAAAAGAGGGUACUUCUAUGUGGAAACAAGAAAAUACAGAGUAUCACCUAAAGUCUAAGGAGGCAGAAAUAAAAAAAGUAAUAAAGAAACAACUCGUAAUACCUUACUUUCCUUGUUACAAAAAUCCUUGUCAAAAUUCAGGCGUAUGCAAUGAUGCCAUCAAUGUCAUAAAUGAAACAAAAGUAAUUGAAAGUUCAGCCUUAAUCAUUGCUUCGCCCGCAGUGGAGCAUGACUAUAACUGUAUUUGUAAUGAUAGAUUUGUGGGUAAAAACUGUGAAAAGCGUCAAGAUCCUUGUUCACCAAACCCAUGUAAAUUUGGCGGACUUUGUCGAAAACAAGGUCACGAUUUCGUGUGUUCAUGUCCAGCUCGCCAUGAAGGUAAAACUUGUGAAGUAGAAAGAGAUGACGCAUGUAGUAGCAAUCCUUGUAAAAAUGGGGGAUCUUGCAAAGAAAGCUCAGAUCGAACUUCAUACUUCUGUUUAUGUCGUCCAGGCUACCGUGGAAAUCAAUGUGAAGGUCUCAUUGAUUCAUGUAGACCUAAUCCGUGUUUACAUGGCGGAAUAUGCAUUAGCCUAAAACCAGGAUAUAAAUGUAGCUGUACGAAUGGUCGCUAUGGGACCCAUUGUGAAAGCUCAACGUUUGGAUUUAAUGAACUGUCAUAUAUGCAGUUCCCCGCCUUAGAUGCAUCGACUAAUGACAUUACCUUGAUAUUCGCUACAACUAAAGCAGAUUCCCUUCUAUUGUAUAACUACGGAGCACAGACGGGCGGUCGGUCAGAUUUUAUAGCUAUAGAGCUACUUGGAGGGAAACCUGUAUUUUCCUUCGGAGGCGCAAGAACCUCCAUUACAACUGUAUCUAUUACGGACACUGAAAGAAAUUUAGCCGACGGUAAAUGGUACAAGUUAACUGCAACAAGAAAUGGGCGAGUUAUUUCUCUGAGUAUUGCUUCAUGCACAGACCACGGCGACAUAUGUACAGAAUGUGAGCCAGGCGACAAAUCCUGCUAUGAUGAUGCUACUGGACAAGCUGGUACCCUUAACUUCAACAACGAGCCUCUUCUUAUUGGUGGUUUAGAAAAGGCAGAUCCUGCUUUAGAGCGACCAGGUCAAAUACAUUCCGAUGACUUUGUAGGCUGUAUGCACAGUAUAUCAGUAAAUGGCCGAUUAUUGAAUUUAACCAUUCCAUUGAAAGCAAGAGGCGUUGAAGAAAAUUGCGAUAGAUCAGAAAACGGAGCAUGUUACAAGAAUGACAAAUGUGGCAGUGGUGAAUGUGUUGAUCGUUGGAAAACGAAUUAUUGUAAAUGCGGGGGUAAUAUAAUAUCAUCUGACUGUAGCUCGUCACUACAAAGUAUCUCUGUUGCAGAGACUGGAUUUUUAUUUUAUAAAAUUUCUGAAAAACACAGACGUAUGCAAUUGUUGGAGUCAUUUUAUGGAGGAAGUACUACUUGGGAUAAAAAAUCAAAUAGAAAUUAUGGUAAAACUGUAUCUAAAUCUAAUAAUCCAACUAAAACUUUAUCUUUCUCUUUUAAAUCUCAUAAACCAUUUGGUUUGCUGUUUUAUGCUGCUACGGACAAGUACUAUACCAUAGUUGAAUUAAUAGACGGAAAGGUCAGUUACACUUCUAAACAAAGUUCACUUGUGAAUAUGACUCAAACUGAGCAACACGAUGUUUCUGAUGGCAACUGGCAUAAUGUUACCUUGUAUGCCUAUGGAAGGAGUAUAAAAUUAAUCGUGGAUAAUAAAAUUGUCGGUGAGGAGCUUGAUGCUGCAAGUGUACAUGAUUUUCUUGAUCCAUACUUAACAGUCAUAUCAUUAGGAGGUGUCAAAUCAGAGUGGAUAUCAAAUUAUCAGAAAUUCGAAGGUUGUCUUACAAAUUUUACAGUAAAUCAUGAAAUCCAACCAUUCACAGGAAAUGGAAGCAUUUUUAAAGAAGUUAACCGUAAAGGAAAAGUAAUAUCUGGAUGUCAUAGUGCUUUUGGAGCAGGCUUAGCCCAAAACCCUGAUCCAUUAAGCAUCGGGAUAACACUAGUCAUAUCAUUCUUUAUCAUCCUUAUAGUAGCGAUAUUAGUUUCUUUUAUAGUUUUCCGCCUUCGAAAACAGAAAAAAGAAAAGAAUGGUGUUCCAAAUCUAAAAAGUAAUGCCGUACAUUCCAAGCAAAAUGGAGGACCGGCUAUGCUUAAUGCCCCUAAUUUAAUCGCUGGUACAAAUGACAAUUUAUUAAAUAGAAAUAUGCACACUAAUGAAACAAGUCUAAGCAGUUAUAUGUCAGAAGGUGCUGAUAUUAUGCGAAAUGUGGGUCAUAUUGUCGGACCGGAGCUACUAUCCAAAAAAUAUAAAGACCGGGAAAUAAUGAACCUUGAUCCUCCACGACCCCAAAGACCUGAUAUCAUAGAAAGAGAAGUAGUAGGAAAAAGUCCAGCCCUAAGAGAUGAUCAUCAUGUACUACCUCCAACGUCAACAAAUACUUCGCAUUCUCAUAAUCACGAGCACCCUAGUGGCAUGGAUUUAAAUUCUGAAGUACCUGAACAUUAUGACCUUGAAAAUGCAAGUUCUAUUGCACCGUCGGAUAUAGAUAUAGUUUACCAUUAUAAAGGUUUUAGAGAAGCAGCUGGAGUACGGAAAUACAAAGCGACCCCGCCACCGAUUGCAAGCUAUCACCAUAAACACCAAAACCCACAGCAUAGACAUUCACCACAUCAUUCAAGUGGAUAUCCGCCCAGAGCACUCCCACAGGCUUCCCAGCCACCUCCUCAACCAAGACAACAUCAAACAACUCCUCUUGCACGACUAUCGCCAAGCAGUGAGCUCAGCCAACAACCCAGGAUAUUAACGCUGCAUGACAUUUCAGGCAAACCACUUCAGAGUGCUUUGCUAGCCACAACAUCUAGUUCCGGUGGUGUUGGCAAAGAUGCGUUACAUAGCAAUAGUGAGAGAAGUUUAAAUAGUCCAGUUAUGUCACAGUUAAGCGGGCAAAGUUCGUCAGCAGGAAGAAAAACACCUAAUGUAUCGGCUCAAGUGCCUCAAGUUUCUGUUGGCUCCGGAGCUGUGGGGCUAACUGCAGAAGAAAUAGAGAGAAUGAAUGCCCGACAGCGCACUUCAAGUUUAGUAUCCACAUUAGAUGCUGUGUCAAGCUCUAGUGAAGCGCCUCGUAGUGGCGGGGUUAAUCACCAUAUGUCCCAUAGACACCAUUCCCCACCGGUGGAUAAUAGGAGUUCAACGGGGUCAGACGAUGAAAGUGGAAAUGAUAGCUUUACGUGUUCAGAAAUAGAGUAUGAUAAUAAUAGUUUAAGUGCGGAUAAGCCCGAAGAUGUCAGAAGGCCUAACGUCAGUAGUAACAAUAAUAGUAAAAAGCCCAUACUGCCACCACCAUAUGAAAGUUUCGAUUCCUCCUUUCGUGGUUCCUUAAGUACUUUAGUCGCUUCGGAUGAUGACAUAGCGCCACAUGUAGGCGCAGCUCUAUACAGGCAAGCCAAUGGAUCUCCAGCCCCAGCUACGUUAGGUUGGGAUUACCAUUUGAAUUGGGGACUAAACUUUGAAAGUAUGAUAGGCGUCUUCAAGGAUAUUGCUGAGCUGCCGGACUCAGUAAAUGGACGCAUGUCUUCCUCACUAAGGCUUCCUAAUGGUACACCGAAACCGUCAGAAGAAUAUGUUUAAAAUGCUUGUAAAUACCGAAAUGUGUACAUAAAUGUUACGAUCUUGUAUCAAGAUCUCUAGACUAGUUUAUCUUGCCAUAUCUUGUUGAAUGUAAUUUUGUAGGUGCUUAUUUCCUUAAUUUGAACCUCAUUUUUCACUGUAAUGUUUGUAAAUAUAUUGUACAUACUAUUAAUUUAGGAAUAAAGUGUAAUUUGUAUUUUUGUAGCCAUAUUUUGUAAUUAAAAAUCGGAAACAUAAAUUAUAAAAUUCUACCUCUUUUUAAAUGUUUGUAUCAAAAAACUCGCACAGUACCGUAAAAUUUAAGAAACAAUUUUGAUAGUAUUUAUGAUAUUAACUAUACAUCAUAAUCUAUAAUUGGAACAAUAGACUGAAUUUUAUUGUAAUUGUAAUUUAUACUUGGUAUGUGAUAGAAUUGAAUGUAACUUUUUAUCAGGGAUUUCAAUCGUAUGUUGACAUAAGCCAUACAUGUAGUGAAUUACGUGCCAAAUGUUACUUCUGUUCGUAAGAAUCGACUGAUUUUAAAUAUAAAAUAAAUGUGACAAUAAUUUAA